AUCCUCGAGAUCUCGCUCGCAGAGCCAAGGCGUUCUCUGGACGCUGUUUAUGCUGUGUCUGUCAUAAUCGGCCGGAUUGCAGUCUCAUCACCGCGCGACCACCAGAUCGAAUCAUUGAAAUACGAACAAAAAUAUGUCGCUCGAAUGACUCAGACCCAGCUUCUACGCAUUCACUUUGACCGAGAUAUACUGGGUCCACCUGAUGGCUGGGAAAACGAUGUGUACUAUCGACGUGGACGUAAGAGUGCGCUUCUGGGCAAUUACCUUGCCUUGCGACAGGCCAUCGGCGACAGACCGUCGACUCAACAACUUGCUGAGCUUCCACCGGACAUCCUUGAAAAUGAGUAUUGA